CGAAUAGAAGCGUUUGAAGCUGCUUUUGUAAAUAGUAAGAUUAGGGAAUUCCGCCACAUUAGACUGCGAACAAGUAAUACCGAUUUCACAGAAUAGUAAGACGUAAAACACGACACAAUUAUAGACGAAAUAAAGGCAUCAAAACUGCCAACAGCAGCUAAUAAUAUUGCCAACGCUUUAUUUCGUCCGUUACCUUUUUUUUUUUCUCCGCGCUCUUUAGCCUUCCAAGAACAGUCUCAAAUACGCGCGUCACGCAUGACGCCAUAAACUCUACGCGUGACGCAGUCAAUGCGGCAGCUUUCUUAUUUGUUCACUGCGCGAAGCGGAAUGGUAAGUCGCGACGCGCGCCUCCCACGGCGGCUGCGCGGACUAAAAAAAAAAAAAAGAUAAUAAAAUAAAAAAAACCGCACGGCGGAGAUGUCCAUGCGCGCGCCGCGCGCGGCGUUGCGCAGCGGACUCAAAACAAACAUGGCGCUCGGUGCUGGCGUGAAGCGUCAUUUUCCGAUGCGCAAAGUGGACGACGUUGUCGAGUUCUUUCGAGCGCAGCUCGAGAGCGACAACGAGCCGGACCUGGCGUUGCUGUCCAUCGUGAUCGGGUACAUCGAGAACCUGCUGACAUUCCAUCGCAACGUGGAACCGGCGUCAGGCGGCGAUCAGCGGCAACCGUGCUUCCCCGUUGUCGAGAUCGGUCCCAUUGAAGCGCUGCACGCCAAGUUCGCCUGUCAGAUCAAGGGAUCGCUCGACCUGAGCGCCAUCGAGACGGACUCUCCGGCCGGUAUGCGUGAUCUCAUCAAGCGAGUGUCGGACGCUAUCUGGUCGUCGCUGACGAGGAGUUACUACAAGGAUCGGCCUCACCUCCAGUCCCUCUACAGUUAUCUCACCGGGAACAAGCUGGACUGCUUUGGUGUGGCCUUUGCUGUAGUCGCUGCUUGCCAGGCACUGGGGUUCCCGGAUGUCCACCUGGCCCUGUCGGAGGACCACGCCUGGGUCAUCUUUGAAGAGCGUGAAGAGACUGCUGAAGUCACCUGGCAUGGCAAAGGCAAUGAGGACAGGCGAGGCCAGCCCAUACCGCAGGACAAGAGCUGGUUGUACCUCAACGGCCACGCCAUCCCGUGCACGCGGGCGACCGAGGUGGCCGCGCUCGUCUCCGCGAUCAACCCCACCAUCACGCCCACCACAGACAGCACGGAGCUUGUCAACCUCCAACAGCAACUGCUGUGGCUCCUGUAUGACAAGGGCCACCUCCGGAAUUACCCGAUGGCACUGGGGAACCUCGGAGAGCUCGAAGGCCUGUUUCCAACGCCAGGUCGGCCCCCGCCACAGGACCUGUUUGCGGAAGCUGUCCAUGCGUCGCGUACAUACUACCAGAACCAUCAUGUCUACCCUUACACCUACCUGGGCGGCUUCCUGUUCCGCAACGGGCGCCUCAAGGAGGCGUUGCGGGCAUGGGCAGAUGCUGCUGAUGUUAUUCGAAAGUUCAACUACGGCCGUGAGGACGAGGAAAUCUACAAGGAGUUCAUGGAAAUCGCCAACGAGCUGGUACCGCAGCUGGUCAAGCUCAGCAGCACGGGGGACAGCUCGCUUCUGCAGGAUCCGAGCUGCUUCGCACACUUGCUGCGCUUCUAUGACGGCCUGUGUGCAUGGGAAGAAGGUUCUGCCACACCCGUGCUCCACAUUGGCUGGGCGCGACCACUUGUCGGGACCAUCGCCAAAUUUCCGGCGUCGGUGAGGGCAGCGGUGUCGGUGCAUGCCUCGACGGGAGACGAGGAAGAGGAAGCUUCGGAGCAAAAGAACCACAAAGAUGCACCACCUUCAAUCUCUAAAGAACACUCCAAAAAAAGCAGCGAGACAUCAUCGCAGGACAGCCUUAUGGCUGAUGGCAAGGAGCCCAAGGAGGAGGACUUCCUCAAGAGCCUGGAGAACCAGCUGGGCCAGAGCAAUGGCCCGCCGCACCCCGACAUUGUCGCCCUGGCUGCGGCAUGCGCCGAGAACAUCCUCAACCCCGACUACCUCUUGGGCUGUGGGGAGCCCUUCUCAACCAAAAACGGCAACAAUGGGCUUUCCGCCCUGAAGGCCUCAGAGUCGGACUUUAUGGUUGGCGACCUCUUUGACCCCAAGGUCAAUGGCCACGCGAGCACCGAUGACCUCAUUCGGGCUGUGCAGCAGGAGGCCAACAACAACAACAGCUUCAGCUUCGACGAUGACGACCUAGAUCUGGAUGAGGCAAAGGCAGUGCUGACUGCGAAGCCGGAGAAGUCGGGCAGCCGGAGUAGCGGCGAUGGUGGUGCGGCGACAGUCACGCUGUCGAGUCAAAAGAUGGCAGGCCUCAAGGAUCUUCUUCUCGCAGAGAAGCUGAACACCUCGGCGAUUCAGCUGCAGCUGACGGCUCAGUCACAGGUCCAAGUCGUCAAACGGGGCCAAUCCAAUCCAGCUGGCGGGCCCCACGAAGCGACAACGCGACACUCCAAGAGGAUGCGCCGGGAAUAGAAAGCAGGGCCACCAAACUUCACCAUCCCUGUUGAAACCCCCGCUGUCCCGGUUCUGCAGCGCUAAGUGAUCGCUUGUCGUCUGCUUGCACUGGGCAUCGUUUGCAGACAUAUGCAAUCUCUGUUGGUUUUUAACGGCAGAUUGCCCUCCCUGAAUUUGUAAAAGUUCUUUGGCUUGGCGCUUUGUGCUGUGGCUGCCAAUUACUCAGGCAGUUGUCCUUCAUGUGCUGCUGUGCGGCUUGUGGGUGGCCUUUGCUUGAAAUGCUGCGAGUCUGUUUGUGUGCAAGGGCGGAGUGCACCAUUUUGUGAGAAGUGUUGCCGCAGCAGUGUGCGAAAUGUUUUGGAUCGAUUUGUUAGGUCAGCAAGGGUAGAGUUGACGCUUCCUCUGUUUUUUUUUCCCCGGUAUUGAUGCAACCUUGAGUCACAGUGCAAAGUUUGUGUUAUUGUUCGUCAGACCAUCGCUUUUUUUGUUGGUCACUGUUGUUUACAGGUUGAAGAGAGAAGUGUUUUCAUUCCCCUUUCCUCCUCCCCCAUCACCCCCCCCCUUUUUUUUUCUUGCAUGUACAGACCAUAGGUUCAACCACAGUUGAACUUCAUCAGGGGCAACUUGAACAGCGUUCAAGUGGCCACUAAUUUAUGCACUUCGAUGCCCGGUCGAGGUUCACUUUUUCACUGUUGUAGACACGUCCUUCCGUUGAACCAAGGCUGGAAUGUUAUUUAAGUGCUCUUGUGUAAAUUAUGAAUGCCCGGUAUGAAGCUUUAAGCCUUUUUUUUUAUUAUUCCAUUUCUGUCGCGCGAAUGUAGUUGCCUGCAUUUAAGAGAGCACUGCAGCUGCAGUGCUGCAUGGUGGCAUUUAUUCCUCGCAGAUUACUUAGACAUCCUUGGUCUCACAUUUUUUUUUAAUGUGGGACGCACAAGACGGGAAGGGGGGGGGGGGGCACACUUUCCAUAAUUCAGUGGCACGCAGCUUGCGUAACGCUUAGUCCAGUGUAAUGCCAGUGCAACACUGAGCUUCUUGAUAGCACUGAAUGCUUAUCAAACGCUCAGUGAUCUUAUCCAUGCCAUGUGGCUUGGGUUGAUCGAAGCUUUAUUAGCUAUCUAAAAUCGAAUGGCAAGCUCUACGGUCGUACGGUGACGUGCAUCUAUUCUUUCUACCUUAAAAGAAGGUCUCGCGCGCGCCUCGUGCUCGCUGAAAUUUUGCAGCAAUGUUGCAGUUCUCGGUCCACAUCGAUCAGUGAAUCAAACAACUUGCAUCGUCAUUUGCUUCGUGCAAACUCCUGGUUGCUGAUGCUUGGCAAAACCAGUUCCAAUCUCUGCAGCAGUUUGCUUUUCUCAUGGCGGAAAGCGUACUGACCAGUGGUUUUUCACUAAUGCCGGAUAAACCAGAUAAUCUAAGAUGCCAAACGCAUACUUUUGAACGAUGCCGACAUAAGAAAUGCAGAGUUGUCGCAAAAUUUGAGCUACAACUAAGCAGCGAUAAGGCCAAAGUCUUCUUUUAAAGCUGUUCUAAUAAAAAAAAACACAGGUCACUGUAGAUAAGCCUGUAGAUAAGAUAAGCAUAGGAAUGACCCUCUCAAUAGGCACACUCUUGGUAUCGUUUUUGAGGAAAGAGAAAAUGAGGGAAAGCUGUCUGUACAUGGCUGUUUGACACUUUAUUCCUCAUUAACCUCGUGGAGCUUAACUUUGUGACAACACGUGCAGCGACAAGUCAAACGUCACAGUAUACUUGUGAAGUUUAUAUGUAUAUAUAAGUGUACAUAACUUAUGGUCUUAAAUUUGGUUGACGUCUAGUCGAGCAUGGUCAUUUUGUGUGUUUUAGUGUGUGGGUAAUAUAAUUUCAUUUUUUUUUUCGGGAGCAAAGAAAAUGAACAUAAGAAUUUUAUACCGUGGAAAUCGGGUAUGAAAAAAAAAUAUUUUUUUUGAAUAUGCUAGGCAGUGCUGGUUUGUCCAGGCCUGGGAAGUGUUUGUUUCGUGAAGGUUUUGUUAAUUCCUUAAGUUAACCGUCACAUUUCUGAUUUUUAUUUGCAUACAAGCACCCGUGGUACCUUUGGUGUUGGGAGCACUUUGACAUUGUUUCUUCGAUGUAGUUAUGUUGUGAUCUUGCGCCAACACUCGCAUCACAAGAGACAUAUUUGCACAGCGCGGUAUCCUUUAGAAGUGUCCAUCCUCUUUUUUCCGGCCUAUAAUACUGCAGUUCUAACUUCUCUCUCUAGCUACCUCUCACAUUGGCACAUGACCUGCGUUGCGCAGGUAAUGCUUGUGUUGCAGUUUGUCUUUCUGUCAGAUUAUGAUCAUCACCCUUUAGGAAGUCUGCAGCGCUUGUGGUGAGAAAGGUGGAACACACCUGCCAGGUGCCUUUAAAAAAAAAAAAUUUUAAUGUCAGUUGCACAGGCACUUUAAGCAUUUUAAGGAUUUAUACUGUUUCGUUUCGCACCCACAAGACGGAGGAAGAAACCGCGCUAAUGAAUUGAACAAAGCGCAAGCUACCAACUGUCUGUCUUGUUCUUUUUCAAUGUGCGCUUACUAUAUGGUGGUAAUUGAGGGUCAUGAGACAGCUUAGCUUAACGUAAAAAAGGUUUAAGAAAAAAAAAAGAUUUUGAAAUGGUGACAAUAAAAAGAGAACUUGGGCCAGCCGAGCUACCUUUGUUUCUGCUAGAUUCUACUCCAAAUUGUGCAGGAAGUAGUGGAACGUUAUGAAUGCAGCUAAAUGGAGUGAUGGAAGGUGCACUUUUUGUGGGUGAGGCAUAAACACUUGCUUUGUAGAAACGUUGGGGUCGAUACAGGUAACUCAUGUCUGCAAACCCCCAAUUUGGGGGGUUUGCUUCUGUGGUGAAACUUCUGUCACCACGGAGGUGUUGCUGCAAAAAAUCUGGCAGGUGAUGGUGCUAGGGAACGCAGUGUGAAAAGCACAUUCAAUUGAAACAAUGAAAUUGUAAAACAUUGUGUAACCUGAAAACCUGAUAAUAUAGGCAUAAUUCUUUUAUAGUCGCGAAGCAAAAUAAUCAUAAUACGCCAUGUUCAGCAUGCACCGCAGGCAAGUACAGUGGCAAUGAAGAAUGGUUAGCAUAAGUGAUCGGUGACUGGAGCGGCAGAAUCGCAUUAUGUGGUGCUACUGCACAGGAAUAGGCAUGCAGCGAGAGUGCUGGGCCCUUCCCAUGUGUGAAGUGUGGGGGAGGUUGGCAGUUACCUACACUAGCAUUCGAGCGGCUGUGAAUCUGUAUGAUAAUCCCUUCGUCUCACAUUCGUUUGAUGGCCAGCCAUCAUUAUUCCCGAACAGCAGCAGAAACUCCACCAAACUAACCUAGAGUGUGAGGAAUGGGAAUGGCCUCUUACUUGUGCUCUAUCAACGUGUCAUGCAGCGUUGCGUACUGCAAUUUUGCCACACUGAUCGCCAGUCAGUCACUUGAGCUAGUAACCUUCCAUUGCCACUAUACACGACAAAUUCGAGAAAGCAGUGUACGCCUUCACCGAAAUUUCAUCCUAGAAGAUUGCAAAUCAAUACACUCAGUUUACUCUGUUUUCUAAUUCACUCUGUCUAGCUGGUGGGAGUUCUCUAGGCGCCAUUCUUUCAAUUGUUUAUCCACUGAAGCCCAGAACGCUGUUAAAAAGGUGCCACUGAAAAGGUUGAACCAGCAGCUGUCAACAUCUGCAAUAAACUGUCGCUGGUAAAGCUUGACAGGUGGCAACUGUAACUGCGCCAGAGGUGGCUCAAAACGUGCACCCUGGCAUAGUGGUGUUAGAGGGUCCAGAAGAGUGCCGGCUCUCCGUUGGCUCAUUUGAAUCGGGAGACGCACACUCGAAAAGUUGGAAGUUUAGGGUAGCGUGUGGAAGGUGCUCGAAGUACUAACCUGAGCUACCGGCUGACUUUGCAUUAAUAGGGGCCAAGCACACUAACCAGUGCUACAAUAAAGAGCUUACUUUGCUGCUUAGGACUGAUUUUCAGUUUUGUAUCACUGUCUCUUGGAGCGCAUUAAAAAAAGACAUUAGGGCAAGCUACUUUCACUCCAAGGUAUCUGCUGCCCCCCUUUUUUUGCACUGAAUUAUGUCUGCAAAGGGUGUGGGUACUGGGGAUAUUACGGUACUUGUGUCCAGUCUUAAAGAAAAGGGCGUUCAACCUGGACACUUCUGCUGCCUUAUUGCAGUAGAAGGGCCUCAGUCAGUGAAAGGAAUAAAAAAAUUUUGCAUGGAAAUCGUAGUGUUGCCAGAUAAUUGUGCACUUUUAACUAACAUCUGCUGAGAGAGGUUUAAAAGAACAGGUAGCAGUAUAGCCUGAUCUAGUGCUUGCGUUUAGUGUUGCUUAUAGCUACUACUGACACAACAUUUUGGACUUGCAAUUUUUCCACGUUAACUGACACUCCAAAUCCUCUAAACAAACACACACAAAAAGAAAAAACUUAAAAAAUAACUGGCAAGUGUCAAAGCACCCUGUAUAACUUACACUUACUAUAAUGCUUGUUUCUACGAACCAGUUCUAAUUAGAGUAUCCAGGAAGUGGUUGCAUCAUGAUGCACUGGCCCGCUCCAUUUCUGCGAUUACUGUAGCACAGUAAUCGUGUGCACAGGCAUAAGAAAUGUGUGCUACAGUGCACAUUUCUUGUGCACAGGCAUAAGAAAUGUGUGCAACCAUCUUGUUCAUUUGUUUAUAAGCAGAGCCAUCGCACUUACCUUUAUUUCUAAGCGGUGCCGGCAAAUUUUUCUCCACGUCCUGAUGUCGCGGUAAUGUUGAUGACGCCAGGUAUGGACGGCAUUUUGAGACCAACAUUAAUAUGAAAUUUUAAAAAUGGGGCAGAACUCAUCUACAAUGACUGUCAAGGUACUUCGCGUAGCAUUAUUUUGGGAUGAUAAUAAAUUUAUUGUAAACUGAAUGGGCGAGCACAAUUUGUCUCCAGAGUGUUGUGGGAGGAAUCCAAGCAGACCGCACUCGAGCGGAUCUUCGUACUGUCACGCUAGCUAUUUUUCUUGACAUAAGUAAUUCAUUCUGCAUUCUGAAAGUAAGGCUUAUUUCAGCUAACCAACAGAAGUGAUUCCUGUCUACAGGUCCUUUAUUCAGAAGUUCUUCAUAACUUAGAUGCCAGCACAUAGUUUUGCAGAAUGCUGACGCUUCCGCCAGUUCUAUGUUCUUCGCAAAAACGGUUAGACACAAAAAAAAAAAGUAGUCUGACAAUGCCAAGAAUGAUAUUUGCAUUAAUAUCUUAUAUUUCAUAACCUUCACAUUUGCAAAGUGUCAUCAUUUUACGUGCGAGAAAUGCAUGGUAGAGUGCCUACGACUUCAGAAAUAAGCAUUGCUACUCCUUUCAAUGCCUCCCUGUUUCUCGAGCACGCUGUUGUGUCGUACUGUGCUUGAUUUUAAUUUUUCUAAACAUGGCAUUUCGACAUUGCAGAUGCGGUAGCACUAGCAUUGAGUAGCAUUAGCGCGCGUAGGAAAAAAAAAAAGCAUUUUGUACUGUUUGUGCCUGCCUGCUGCACUAUUCAAAGCACAUGUUAAUAGGCCACAGUUUUUUCACUUUGAAACAUGUAGUUAGCACUACUAACGUAUAAAGAAUACAGAACUUUUUUUUUUGUCUUGACUACCAUACCUGGAUGUGGAGUUAGUAAUAAGACAUGUCAUGAAGGCAGUAAUGGCACUAGUGGCAAGUAAUGCGAAAACAGCGGUGAAAGGAUUUUCUGAGGUCACAGUAGCAUGUUUACAAAGCAGUUAUCGAUAGGGCUUAGUUUAAUGAACUCUUUCUUUAUGUUGAAAGAAAAUUCAUCAAAUGAUUCAUCAAUUCUAAUUGAAUUAAUUGAAGACAAAUUUAUCAAAUCGAAUAGAACUGAGGCUUAGGAAGUAAGAGAAGAAGGGGAAAAAAUGCUACCUGAUCAGCUUAUGAUGAAAACUUUCAUUUUAGCUAUAUUUAUGUGUUUCAUGUCUAUAACACACUUUUGUGCGAUAUUUAUCGUUAGUGCCGUCUCAUCACACUAGCUCCGGAUCUAGGAGUAAGCACUAUACAUGAUGAUUUAGUAAGGAAAUGCUACAAGACGCCCAUAUUAAGAAAAGCGGGGCAGCCGACCGGCUCAUGCGACGCAUAAGCUUGUGUCAUCUGCUUACUUUUUUAAUGACCAUCUGUGACACUAUUUUAUUCUAAUAUGGGUAUACCUUUUAGCAUUUAUUUGCAGAACUAUUGUGUGCCGAGUCUACUUCUGAAACCGCAGCUUGUGCAGCAGGUGACCCGAGCAUUCAUGCCACUUGUGUGGAAUGAAAAUCACAUGUCGCUUUGUGCCAUGAAUUUCAGCGGUAUUUCUGUCGGUUGUCAGUCUCUGUAAGCCGCAAAUACUGACAAAACUAACUCAGUCCUUCGUACAUGUAUUGAUUUCACCACUUGACCAAGUUGUAUCAGGCACUAUGUUGUUUUGGUUUUAUCUUUUAUAUACAGCAGUUUCACUUUAAAACAAACCUUGUUACUACAAAUUCUGUGAUAAUCUGGACCUCUAUUCACAAAACUUCUCUAAUGUAAGAGCGUUUCUUCAUUGGCUGAUGCUCAGGUGCCUGUCAGUCAUGGUAGUGAUGGACGAGAUAAUGGAAACAUCCCUAUGGUGAUGUCCAAUCAUGGAUAGCACUUACAUAAGUAAUGUUUCGUGAUUGUGGAGCCAGAGCUGUUUGAGUAUCUUUCUUCAGUUUCCUUUAAAUUCAGUGUUAAGCUGAACGUUUGAUAAGGCAAAUAGAUAAGGCUAACAGAAAGCUUGCUACUUGGUGGCCCAAGUGUAAGUUGUGUUAAUCAGUAGUAAUUUCAUUGACCUGCUACUUGAAAGAAAAAAGAAUGCAGAAGUCAUAACUGCUUGCAUAUUAUAGUCAGCAGCCAACACAGCGACACAUAAUUGUAAUUCCCAAUGAGGCAGGCCACUUUUGCUUAACAUCUUUCUUUACAUUGCUGUGUGUGGAUGUGAUAGCACCUGGUGUGUUUGGAGUAUUUACACUAGCUGUUUAUAGCUGACAACUUUGUGUGCUGCAAUGCACCCAGGACAUUCAAUUACGUUGCUGAUAGUUAUUGUACGCAAAAAUCCUCUUUAUAGCUGACAACUUUAUGUGCUAAUGCACCCAGCACACUCGAUUAUGUUGCUGAUGUUUACUGUAUGCAAAAAUUCCCUUAUGUGAGCCUUUACUUAAAUCUCCAGCGAUAAAUCUUGCUGUAAAAUUUUUCUGCACUGUUAUUUGCCCACAAUAUUUCAAAUAUCUUAGAUCCUGUAAAACUGACUUCUGAUUCGAAAAGGCUUUUAUGAAAUGGCUUGCAUACCACAGUCUACUUCCAGUAACCCAGCAUUGGUUGAUUUAACCUGUUUUGUAAUUUCAGCAGUGUGUAGACAUUUCGAAAAGUGCGCUUUGUUCGAUGUGUCUUCUUAAUUGACAUAGGUAAUUUGAUUGUGUUUUGCAUCUGCUGUCAGGGCUGAAUUAACUGUACAAAAUAAUGUGUAUUCAUCUUGAGAUUACCCCAAUUUCAUUUUGCAAAGAACCCGACCAAAGGAGGUUAUAAAAACAUCAUAGCCCAUAUCGCGCAUGACUAACACAAUUUCCUGUUUGAUCCGCUGUCUUAUUAACGGCACGAAGCAGUGACUGUCAAGUUUCUGAUAGCGGGGAGACUUGCAGUUAGCAUUCAUCCUGUCACAAAUUCUUUAAAGUGCCCUUGAAGCUGGGAGCAUAAAAAAAAACUGUCAUAUUUGAUAUGACAAAGCCUUUCUCCAUCAAGACAGUUGAUUUUCUGGCAUGAACUCAACAUCCUGCACAUAGCUCACCUUAGCUUUUGCACCAAUAGCUGAGUGUACGCUGGACAUUAGAGUGAAUUGGUUUAAUGAUUAAGCACCUGAUUUCCUUUCUGAAUGUAGGGCACAUUUUCAGUUCUCAUGCUGCCACCACCACGCAGAGUCAAUGUGAUGGAGCAUAGUUUCGAGUGAAUCAGACUUGCAAUCGGAACGAGGCCCCUUGAAGUGAUCCGUAAACUACUGGCAUGGAGGUCUCGAAUUUUUCGCUCGCCCUUUUUCACUGGUAGCGGGAUCAAACCCCCUUGUCUUGCUGCACACUGUGGCUCGAUUUUCUAACGGUUUGGAAAGCGAACUGUUCGCUUGCCCUUGCAUGAUUGGUCAGAAUCUUGCUGUCGUCAACGCAAAAGCACCAUUCUGCCCAGUCACACGAGGACAAGCAAAUGGUUUGCUUUCCGGACAGUCGCUAAAUUGCACCCUCAAGAUCCCCACAUGGUCACGAUGACUUCCACAGAAGCACUUUUGUUGGUUGUGAGAAAGUUUGUGGCAUCCGGUGAACGAAACUGGCAUUGUUGGGACUAGAGAAAGCGAAAAGAGAGAAACGUAUGGCCAUGACAUUAGUGCGCCCGACGAUUUCUUGCAUUCUUGCAAGGGGUCGCCGAGUGGAUGCCUGCAGGAAGGCAGGACAAGUUCUUGAUAAGGUAGGCAUAUGGGAACAUGCGCUUUUCGCUUGCACGAGAAUGUGGAAAGGAUUCAGGUCCCUCAUCUGUCCACUGCAUGCGAUGCAAAUGCAUUUAGGGCCCCCUUGAAUAUGCACCAGAGAACGGACAAGGACAUGACUGUUGGACAUAGAUGUCUCUAGUUUGUACUGCACAUGGAACAUUGAAGCACUGAAGAAUGUGAAAGACUUGAGAUCUGUCAUUGGCAGAGCUGCGCAUUUCACUACUAGGGCAGCGUGUAUACCAGAAAGUUGCAGUGAUUGUUUUUAUUUGAUUAUGAUCCUUUAGAACUGGCCUUGCAAGUGAAUAAACAUGCAGACAGCACCGUUACACAAGAGUUUUUGGCUGCGCAAAUGUGAACUUUUAACUAGGACUUACCACAAUUUUUACAGAUGCAGCUGUUGAGACGUUCAGUGAAUUGCAGGCAGAUUAAAAUGUGCGCGUCUGGUAAUAUAACAGAAGUGAAAAGGGUAUUGCCACUGCUGACCGUCAGUGCGAAAAAAUAGUUCUUGUCGCAGUACAAUUCUGUGCAAGAGAAACCAAAUGCAUAAGUGUGCUUGAUGUUGCAAAAGUGCACUUAAAUUGCUGCAUGCAACAUAUGGAAAUUUUUGUUAACAGCCUAAUGUCAUGGUGCCGGCAGUGUCUAUAUCGACUAUCGAAGAUGGUUUGUAAGAAUGCAGUUGUCGUCAAUAAUGUGCGUGAAACAAGUUCCUGGAAAAGAAACCCAAUGUUGAGAGCUGUUGCUGUUGCAGAUGUUGGCAAAGUGUUGGUUUUCAAUAGUACUGCUGGAAUAGCAAUUUUUGCAUCCAUUUGUCUAUGGUGAUAGGUGGUUUGGCCAUACAGCGCAUGUGCUGCUGUUAAGAGAAGGGUGUUUGUUGCGUGCAGUCGAAAGUCUAUUCUGCGUGAAAGAGGAAAGGUAGCUGUUGUUGUUGAGGUGGCGUUUUUGCUGCCACUGUGAUUGACGAGUUCCCAGGUUUAUCCUGCAGUUGAUGCAAGCAGUUAUGCACAGUGUGCUGCACAGAAUAGUGACGACACGUACCCAUAUUUUUGUUAGAAAGCGAGCAUUUGUGGCCGCUUAUUCAUUUGUUACGUCUGCCUGUUUUGUGUUUCGCCAGUGCUGGAGUCCUCACUCAAAUGGAAUUGCAGCAGAUGUGACUGUUUGCUUCAUUUUAUUCUUUAGCUCACUUAACGGUAAACAAAAACAAAACAAAAAACCCUGCAUAGUCUGGACAUGUCACCGUCUAUAAAUUGCAGUAUUCCUGGCCCUGUGAUAAGACAUUGUACUUGGCACUAUGCCAGGAAUGUUGUUGCCCGUAGUCGCCAGCCCAUCUGGUGUUGUUUACCCAAAGAUUAACAACUGAAGGUGCCACCCCAGGAAUCGAAACGUUAAUGUUCGAUAACGUGAGCGAGGGUACUAAGCUAACGAUUCUUCACACUUCGACAACCUUCGCUCGAAACAAAGGAACCUGCUCUUGAUCGAAGCAGAUCUGUUGCUUGCCUAAGAGUUUUGUUUGAGCGAAGGCAACAGCACUGGGCGUUACAAACGCAUCUGGGUGUGUUUGAAAAGAUCUCUAUUUGUAGAGAACAUGGCUAGCCCGGCAGAGCCUGCCACCAAAGUACCACUGUACAUAGCAUGCUAGAGAGUAGGUUAUCUGUUGAAUGUUUAGUGGCCUGUAUAUUUUUGCUUGUUAUUUGUUUCUUGCAAGGGGGCCUGGCUCCAAGCUGUGCGCUCCGUAAGAAGACGUCGGUUCCUGUGAGCUGUACAUUGCAUAUGUUGUGGUCACGGUGUAGUCAGAUAUGUAUACCAGCAUGUAUAAGAAAGCUGUUUUCAAGUUGCAUUUCGCAGUGAUUGUGAGCAUUUAUGCAGAGCGGAGUGUUACAUUGCUUGGCCUGACCCCACUUCACAUGAGAAAAAUAUGCGUGUUUUUUUGUUUUUGUUUUUUUGUCUGGACACUGUAGUUCAAACCUCCGUGGAAUUAAAUAUGAGUCAGCCUAUGUUUUUGGACUUUGCUUCCCUGCAUUAUGGGAUACAGGCUGGUCUUCGAAAAGGCCAAUUUGGGUUUUUCCUUCAGCUAUUUUGUGAGCUUUUUCUUGUGCAGUCUUUACAGGCAGUACGAAAGACUUAGGGAAACAUAUACCAUAUCAGUUGCAAAGAAGAAAAAGAAAGUAAUGUAGCUGUGUUGUCAGCGUCGAAGUGUUUAAAUGUAAUGCUGUAGUCUGGUUUCGGUACCAAUGCGGCACAUUUGUCUUUGUAUUUUAGCCGCGUCAGGUGUUUAUUGCAGAUUCUGUGGGGCAGGAACCACUAACACCGCAGAUACAGGGAACACCCUUGUGCUUGUUGCAAAACUGGAUAAAUUACUUUUAUCACAGAAUUGUGUGAAAUUGGUACCAAGCACACAUGACUGUCAAUUCACCAGCUUUGUCCCGAAAAUCCUGUGCCUGCGUGGAGAUUAGGCAAAGUGCAACUGUCUGCCUGCUGCACUGAUGCUUUCUCGAGAACAAUAAUGAACAGCAUGUUGAAACAAAUGAGGUUUUCUGUAAAGAAUUUGAUCGCCACGACAUCUCGUGUACCCUGUCACCUCACAGCCUCUAGCUUGCUCUUGCCGAGAUUUCUGCCAGAGAGUUUCGCUUUCUUAAUUUUCGUUGUGUAGCUCAUCAGUUUUUACUGUCUAUUCAGAAGAGGAACAUAACGAAAUUUCAGUGUUUGUUUUAAAGACUCCACACAUUGCUGUUUUUGAGGUGAAGUCGGGGUUUGCGCCAAGGUCUGUGCCUCCGCCUUCUGCUCCAGGAGGGCUCGGAGUAGCUUCUACAAGUUUAAGUUACGCACGACGAAAAAAAAAAGCGGAAGAGAGAGAUAUGGCGUUGACCUUUUUGUCGCGGUACGUGAUCUGAGAGUCAUUUGCUUGGCUUGCUUUUGCCACAGGUUUUUGGUGGUGUCCUCUGUGUUGCCGUUUGCUCUCGAGUGAAGCUGUAUGCGUAGACAUAGCGGUUGUCGGCUUGUGCAUAUCGCUUGUUUGGUGUGUGUCCAACUCACAUGUCAGAGCUAUGCAAGUCUACAAACCGCACACACACACACACUUUUUUUGGGGGGGGAAGCCGAACACACUUUGGCCUUCCUGUUCUCUCCCCCCUACCUCCCCCUCUUUUAACCUUUCGAGGUCAAUUCCCAUGUAGAGAGAGAAACUGUGAUGUUUUUACCUCCUGUUUUGAUCUUUGAUCAGCAGAUAACAUUCUUGUUUUUGUUUUCUAGUGCACAAAGCAUGUUUGUAAAUACUGUGGAACCUUGUUAUACUGAUGUUGCAUCCAACAUGGAGAUACCUUCGUUAUAACUGAUUUUAUUUGCCCAACUCAAUAUAACAAACAUGGAUAUAUAACGAAUUAUCUGAUAUAGUGAAUUGUUGGUUAUAACGAAAUAAAUAUUAAAUAUUUCUUCGCUAUGUCGGCAUGUAAUGAAUAUGUGCUUAUAAUAAAUAUUGGAUAUAACGAAGGUAUUUUUAUGUCUGAUGCGAUUUUGUUACGAGGUUCGAUUUAUAAACACAUAUUCGGUAGUGCACUUUGAUAUCGGCGAUAAGCAUUUUCGAUCUACUUUUUAAUCCACAUUCUUUGUACUGAUCUUCGACUGCAUUGUAAUCAGUGCCAGUUAUCUAUUACUAUUUUCUUUUACACGUGCAGUGUUAUCCUAGUACUAUCUCUCCACCUGCUGUUGACAUCUUGAAGAUCCCAAGUAUCAGCCCAACGUUUUAUCUUGCAUAAGCACAGUUCAAUUUCUGCCUCUCUUUGAGGCUUUGGUCGAUUUCUCAAUCACCGGUCCUGCAUUUAAUGCAGUUUUUCUGAUGGGAACACUUGUGUAAAAGCAUUUGUGGAACUGGCACAGAUUCUAACUGGCAUCAGAAAACUUGUCAUGCACUUUUAUUGUUGUUUUUUUCUACACACACAGUGCGGAAGACAUCAUUACAUUGCACAUACAGCUAAUCUGUUGUUUCCUUUGAAAAACAAUAGCAAAAAUUAAAUGCCAUUUGGAAUACUCACGAUUUCAUUUUGAUUACCUUGAUCUUGCAUUGUCAUAAAAUGAGACAUAUUUCAUGUCUGCAGGUUGUUUUUGAUGCUUUGAAUGAUUGUUAAUUCUAACAAGUCACUUUGCGAUUGCACUGUACAGAGUGGUCGCAACACCACUCUUAUAGCAUUUUGGCUUUGCAUUGUGAUACAAAACAGCUUUUCAUUUUUACAGAGUUAGCACUGUUUGCACUCUGUGUUUAAUGUUGGUCAAACCGAUCCCCUCGAGGUCAAAAGGAUUGACACUAGGAGGAUGUUGCAAACGGCUGUAGAAGUCACCCAGGUUUUUCUUUUUCCCAAAUGGAAAACAGACCAAUGUUGUCAAAGUCUAUGUGUUUUUUCUUCUUUACUUUGAUGCACAUAGUGUGUUCUCUCAAUGAAUGUGCACCCAAUGUUCAUUUAUUUUGUACAUAGACCAUGUGGGUAGUUAGUGUAUCUUUGGUUCACCAUUUCCAGCUGUCAUUAAUCAUGUAUGCAUGUACUGAGUGCGAAGUGGAAGUCAUGUUGGCUCCACUUUCGUGUGUGUGUUUUUCUCUUACUGGCAGAAUUUGGUGGUUUGUCAGCAUUGUCCCUUCUUUUUUCACAAAGAUAUUAUCUAUUAGCUUUUUUUUCCCCUUUCUGUACAGCAACAUUUAUUUUGAUUUCAGAUUUAUACAUAAUUAUUCUUGCACACCAGCACAACACUCAAAAGGUAGUUUCUUCGGUUAACACAGUUCCUUUUUUUUUUUUUUUUUUACAUGUGGUAACGUUGGUGUCGAGUACUCAUUGGACUUGCCACUGGAAAAAAAGAAAAGCAAAACAAAUAAAAAUGUCUGGUCAGUAUUUGAAA